GCAUGGAGAUUGUGGAAAGAUGGAAAAGCAUUGGAAUUAAUUGUGGCAGGAGAGUCAUGCAAUUUAUCAGAAGUGAUGAGAUGCAUAAACAUUUGUCUCUUAUGUGUGCAGCAGCAUCCUGAUGAUAGGCCAAGCAUGGCGAGUGUGGUUUGGAUGCUAGGAGGUGAGAAUACGCUGCCUCAGCCAAAGAAGCCAGGCUUUUUUAAGGGUAGUGGUCCCUUUGAAACACCUUCUUCAUCUAGCAAGAUUGAAUUACUUUCCACCAAUGAAAUCACUACCUCACUCUUGUAUCCUCGAUAG